GUAAAACAAGAAGGGAAGAUGUUUGAGUGGGGAAAUAAUGAUGUCUCAUUUAUAGCUGAAGGUGGAAAUCUGACUUUGUGUUUUGCAUAUGCAAACGCUUUUAGAAUUCAAAAAGACUUUAAAGAAAUGAAAGUUGUCUUUGACGUCGAUGGAGAUUACGAAUUUUUAAUAACACACGUCUUACAUGACACGUCACUCACUGAGUUGAAUUUGAGUACAAUAACACUCAUUCAGGCAGGACUACCGACUCACUACAUCAAAAUAAAUGAUGGCAAAACUAUUGAAAUGAAAAUUGCAUUCAAUUUAAAAACACUGCAAUUUUCUAACGUCAUCACUAUCACUCAAAGAUUCAGCAAAGGCGCUCGUGUCGUUUUAAAAAGCGCAUAUUUGUUUAGAGAAGUGGAAUUAAAUGAUACUGAUAAAUGCAACUCAACUUCAUUUGACUGUUUAUACACACAAUGCACAAUCACUAACGAGUCUGCUAAUGUUGGUCCAUCACCAUUCCUCAAAGGGUGUGAACCAGCUUGUGGGAUAUGUCGAGAUGGUUUUAUAUGUUCUUCAUUGGGAAAAUGUAUUGUAGAAAAGUCGAAUAACAAAAGAAAUUUCAGUGUGAAAAUGGUAGUUUUGUCGGUGGUAUUUGCUAUAGUUCUGGUGUUGUAA